GAUUUUGCAACGGCGUGCUUCUAUAAAAGACACCCUUGCAGAUUAUUUCCCAAUUUGGGAGAACAGAAGCCCGUCGCGAAUGCCUGCGUCGAUUGGUCGCUUGCUAUAUGCCCCAAGAAAUAGCGCCCCCUGUGCCUCAAGAAAACGCACACUCCUCGUUUCUGCUCUCCAAGACGGGCGCGGAAGAGCGGGAAAAUGCCUUUUGGAUCUGGUGGAUCCGACGGGGGAAUGUGGCCCCGUCCAGCCGCUCGGCCCCUGCUCUAUGGAGCGGCCGCCUUCCUCGCUGCCCUCUCCGGGAGCGCCGUCCCCGCCAGCCCUCCUGCCACUUCUUCCUCCCUUCCGUAGCUCCCGAGGCUGUCCUCCCCUCUCCUUUUGCGCCGCUCUUCCCCGCCCACGCGGCUGGGAAAGACCCUAGCAGGCGGAUCUCCCUCCGCCCGCAGCAGUAGCCUUCGCCAGGGCUCCGAGGGCGCUGCCGCUGCCGUCGCCACCCCUUUUCCCUCACGAGUCAACUGAAGGCGGCGGGACCCCGGCGGCGCUGCCCCUUUGGACGGCUGGCCCUCUGCGCGUGCUUGAAAUUCUGGGAUUCUGCACUUUGGACACCCACGCGUUAGCGGCUGCAGAGCGCGAGUCUGAGGAGGGAAGAGGCUUGGCGAGCGGUGGCCCAUUCGCACGAGAAACAAAGCACAUGAUGGCCUUCGUUUUGCUCAUUUUGACUCUCGCCUUCAGCCUCACAAAUGGAGUAAACCUACAAGAUUUUAGCUGGCAGUUAAAAAAAAUACCACAGAUUGUGAAGGAAAAGACUUUCUUUCUCGACACUCCUAAAUUUGAAGCCAGUGCCAAAUUAGAACUGAGCGGCGUAUGUGGGAUUGAAUGCCAAAGGACACUACCAGUGCCACGUUGGUCUGAUCUGAAGAAGCUGCUUUCCUAUGAGACAGUCUUUGAGAAUGGGACGAGGACCUUGACAGAAGUGGAGGUUCUGGGGAUGGAGCCCGAUGCGGUUGUAAACGGUACUAGAGAGACGCCAACAAGAAGGAAGAGACAGGUCUAUGGCACAGACAGCAGAUUCAGCAUUUCAGACACUCGAUUUCUGACCAACUUUCCUUUUAACACAGCGGUAAAAAUCUCCACGGGCUGCAGUGGCAUCCUUAUUUCUCCAAAGCAUGUACUCACUGCUGCCCAUUGUGUGCACGACGGUAAAGAUUACAUUAAAGGCGGCAAGAAACUGAGAGUGGGGCUGUUGAAACUGAAAUCCAAAGGCAGUGGCAAGAGACGCAGGGGAGCCAAGAGGAAUAAGAGGGAGGUGCCGGAAGUCAAAGAUGAUGUGGCCGACUCCAAGCUCCAGAAGAGGGGAUCUGGCCGCAGAGCUGGAAGAAAACAAAAGACAUCUGUGUUGAAUGAGAGGACAUCAGAGCGCAAGCCCUCCUUCCAGUGGACCAGAGUUAAAAGUACUCAGAUCCCCAAAGGCUGGACAACAGACGUGACAAGGGAUGUUGCAGUCGAUUAUGACUAUGCAGUUUUGGAGCUCAGGCGUCCCCACAAGAAGAAAUACAUGGAACUUGGCAUCAGCCCGAAUAGCAAGAUGAUUCCUGGAAAUAUGAUCCACUUUUCUGGAUAUGAUGCAGACCGAGCUGGCCAACUGGUUUAUCGCUUUUGCAGCAUAUCUGAUGAAUCCAGUGAUCUCUUCUACCAGUAUUGUGAUGCUGAGCCUGGCUCUACUGGUUCAGGAAUCUACCUCCGCCUUAAAGAACCAAUCAAGAAGAAAUGGAAACGCAAAAUUAUUGCCAUUUAUUCUGGCCACCAGUGGGUGGACGUUAAUGGAGAACAACAGGAUUACAAUGUUGCAGUUCGAAUUACACCCCUCAAAUAUGCUCAGAUUUGCCUCUGGUUAGGGAACAAUGACACUUGUGCACAGGGCUAACAAUAAUAAUUAUCUAAUAUGUGUUGGGCAAUGGAAGUCAUACAUUGAAUUUGAACUUGACAUCAAAAAUUAUAUAUUUUUUGUAUUGAUUCAGCAUUUAUGAGAAUUUUUCUGCUAGGUUAAUUAAGUUAACCAUAAACAUGAAGUGCACUUAAAUCCCAGGUUGUGUGUGUAUGUAUGUAUAUGUCUCUGUGUGUACACACGAACACACACCUAUAUAGGUAAGUUUAAAUCAUUCAUACUAAAGAACCAAUAUUCUUGGCUCUUUCAGUUUGUUACUCAGUUAACACUUUAAAGAAAAGAUUCUUCUCUGGUAACUGGUAUUAUUAAAACAUUUAUUAUUUUAUUUCCAACAUAUUAACUUAUCUCAGGGUUCUGCUCAAAUAAGCAUCAUGUAUUCAUUAUUGAAACAUAGAGUAAGACAAGAGACAGGAAAAAAAUGAUCUUCACACUUUGGUGGUCCUACCAAAUUAAUGUUGGUAUUUCUAAAAUUUGGGAAACCCAUUUUCUUGAAUUCUAAACCAAUAAAAUGAAGCUUAAUCAAAGUAGCAUGUUCCCAAUUUGAAGAAACGAGAAGGAACCAUAUUAUUUAAAUACCUUUAAAUCAUAUUUAGAAAAUGAACAAAACUGGGAGUAUUAAAAUUUAUUUGUUUUAUUCAGUCACUACAUUGAACAAAUCCCUGCUUUUUUAUUAAGGUGCAAUAAUGACAUUUAUGUAUUCUAAUUUUUAAAAUUAUAAAAAGCUAAAUGUAUCAUUCUAUCAGAAAUAGGAGAUAACAGCAGCCCAAGAAGCCAUAUACAGUAUAUGCUCCUAAUGGUAAGGGUAGCUUGAGAAGAAAAUAACUCUGUAGCCUCAAAUGUAAACAGAUGUAAUUGUCACAUAUAUUGAACUGUAAAUAAACGUUUCACCAUAAAAGUAACCUGAGAUGCAGAAGUUGUACCGUUUCCCAACCUCAACAACUUGGGGAUGUGAAUACUUCAAUUCCUAAAAUUCUUAGCAGUGGUUAUGCUGACUAAAGAUUUCUAGGAGUUGAAAUCCACAGACCUUAAAAGCUGUUGAGAUUGGAAAAACUUGUAUUAAGAUUUAUCAGUGAAUCUUUCUUUGAAUAAUAGGCCACAUUGUGGAAACAGUUCUUCAGAUUUCCACCACAACUAUCAAAGCAAAUAAUUAUUUGUUAAUUAAUCAUGAUCUAAUGUUUACAGAAUUUGUAGGUUAACAUUUAUGUAAAUAUAUUACUGAUUUCUUAUGUAGCAAGAAUUCUUAUGGGUUCUUUUACUAGAAAAGGAUUUAAAGUAGGCUUGUUAUUUAAAAUGUACACAUUUCAGUAGCUUUUCAAAAUAAUCUCUCUGGUGCUUUCUGCUUCAAAGAUUGUCAUGUAUCUGAAAGCCAUGUGGGGAAAACAAAAUCAUUGGAACUCUAUUUAAUAUGUAAGGUUAAGGUGAAAUAUUCCUGGCCAUGUGUAAUCUUGGUUUUAUUAAUAUUACAAUAAUUUCAUUUUAACUUGAAUUGAUCAACAUUUUUGUAAAAAAAUGUGUAAUAAGAAACAAAGUUUUAAAAUAUAUGUAUAAAUAUGAAAAUCACAAAAUUCUUAAAAGCACUUCAGUUUGAAUAAAAUAUUCUUAAAAAAUUUUUGUUAUAACUUUUGAAAAAGUAUCAAAUGUAGAACUGACAUGCAAAUACAUUUUUAUUAUUAUUUCUCUGAAUUGUGCAUUUGAAAAUAUUCCAUAUCAAAUUAAUUUUAAUCUAUAGGCCUUAUUCAGAAAUAUUCUUAUUUCAAAUUAUUUUUAUGGAAUAUAAUACCUAUAAUAUUAUAACAUCCAUGAGAAAAUAAACAUAUAGAAGGCAUUUGUACAUCAUGAUCUUUUCAAAAGACUUCAGGAUAUAAAACAUACUAAAGGUUUGCAAGAUUAAUUUAAAAACAAAACCUAAACUUUAUUUAUCUAGAAAAUGUGUUCUAGUUGCUGUUAUAUUCAAUAAAAUAUUAAAGUACAA